CCGUCGUCGCCCUCGCUUACAACGCCCGCAACCAAGCCCAUGAUCAUGACCAUAACCAUGGCCAGCCCCACUCCCGUGGAUACAGUCGCAUCGGAUCAAGAAAAGGCAACAAGUGUUGGAGUCUUCACCAACAACAAAGUACUUCAUUCACAUACCCAACACAUCUCACAUCAUCAUGGUCUCCAGCACCGUUCUGAUGGCCAGCACCGUUCCGAUGGCCAAGACCAUCCCUCGCCGGUCACCCGUCACGCUCUCGCCUCCAACUCGCAUAUCUCUCGAUCGGCUACUCCCCGCUCGGCCGCAUCCUACGACGGCACUCUUUCAGACCUCGAGGCGGCUCAACUCUCUCCGCUCUCUUCCCUCUCGCCCACCAACUCGCUCUCGGCCCAUUCUACCGAUGAGAUCGAUGAUCGCCUGCCUUUGUGCCCGACUGCUAAGCCUGCGACUGCAGCCGAGGUCCACGACGCAGUUAUGGCGCUGUACCACACACUCGACGGCGCAAAUUGGAUGAGUCCACAGUGUCUCAACGCGUCCACUUUUACCUGCUGGGGCAACUACCAGCCAGAGCACGGCGAAUGGUCGUUCCUCUUCUGGCCGGGCCUCAAUCCAGUCACCUUUAGCAACGCGGUGAAGACUCAUGUGAGGCCGCCGCUGAUCACCAUCGCCCUCAGCGGCACCAACUCGAACAAACGAACGUGUUUCCGACGGACCCUACCGUGCUGGCGCCAGUGUUUGCCGCACUCGAGCGGAUCGAGCUCACCGAGAUGGGCAUUUCUGGACCACUCCCGCCGUGCAUCACCGACGCCGCCUACGCGCCGCGCCUCCAGGCGCUCUCAUUCAACAGCAACUAUCUUUCCGGCUCGAUUGCGUUGCCGCAGAGCCCAAAGUCAAUGCUCGCCGAGAUCUACCUCCGGUCGAAUGCACUCACCGGCUCGAUUCCCGCCCUCAACAGCUCAUCGCCGCUGCGUGAUCUUGAUCUGUCCAACAACAAGCUCACCGGCUCACUCCCGCCAGUGCUCUCGAUCAAGCUGCGGAGCCUCCGGGUUCAGAACAACUCGCUCUCAGGCGAGAUCCCGCCGGGCUUUUGCCCCUACUUGCCGAGCUCUCACCUCGAGAUCCUGGACAUUGCCUUCAACAAGCUCUCCGGCCCAGUCAACAGCCCGAUGCAGCGGCUCUCUUUGUGCGGGUCGCUCGUCGAGCUCAUCGCCUCGAACAACGCCUUUACUUCGGUCGACUUUUCGCUCUUCUUUGCCAAAGCCGUCACGCUCCGGAACAACAAGCUCGGCGGGGACUUUGUCACCACGUUUCGCUACUUCCCCAGCGCGUACUACCUUGAUCUCGCCCACAACAACCUGACUGGCGGCCUGCCAGCCUCGACCAUCGAUGGCAGGGUUGUUGCCGGGCCGCUGCUCAACCUGCUCCUCCUCGAUCUUUCCGGCAAUGACCUCAUGCGCGCGCCGACGCCGCUCGCAGCCCCCAGCUCGGUCUACAUCCAGACUGCCAACGCAUCGAUCAUCUCGGACACGGCGCUCUGCUUCGAUCUUGUCAACUCGGCCAUCCCCUCGCUCACACUCAAGGUCUCCCCGCAGUACUUUUCCUAUGACAACUGCCAGUGCCGACCAAGCUUCUACGGCGUCCCGCCCGACAACUGCUACGUCUGCCCGCCCAACGCAGAGUGCCCUGGCGGCACAUCGUUCAAGUGGCCCGAGGGCUUCUAUCCCGAAGCGCUGACCAUCGAGCCGGCACCAACAUCCAGCCGCACGCCUGGCUUCGGAGGCGAGUUUGAUGUUCCGCCGCGCUAUCACUUUGCCGUCACCGAGUGUGCCGAGCUUGAGGGCGAGGAGGAAGAGGAGGACGAGGAGGGCGAGCAUGGCGAGCACGGCGAGAGUGGCCACCACAACAGCACCGAAGCCCGAUCGUGGUCUUCCCACUCCAGUGUCGGCGAGGAUAACUCGGACGACAACGAGUCGACAGACGUCGGCGAGACCAAGGCCGCAGGCGCUUGCAAGCCCGAGGGAAACUGCUACGUCUCUUACCUGACCGGCAUCGCCCACGAGGAGUGCUCUCCCUGCGAGGAAGGCUUCACUGGCAGGCUCUGCUCGCAGUGUGAGGACGGCUACUUUCUCACUCUCGAGGGCGAGUGCCUCAAGUGCACAACGUCUGGCGCCACGCCGCUCAUCAUUGCUGUCUCGCUCAUGGGCUGCCUCCUCUUUGGCGUCUUUCUCAUGCUCUUCUUCCAGCGCGGCUUCCACACUGUCCUAGUUACAAGAUCGUUUGCCUCGGUUGCGGGCCUCGGCCCGUGUCAGACCCUCCGCAAGAUCCUUCGCACUCUCCUCGAGCUUUGGCGCGAGAUGGCGCUGCUUGUGCUGGAGAUUGCCGUCCUCAUCGCCUUUGUCUUUGUGGGCCUGGCAGAGACCUUUGAGGUCAUCAUUCUCGGCAUUGGCUUUAUGCUCAUGUCCGGCUACCUCAUUUCGAUCCGCCUCUCGCCGGCCGAUGGUUCUAUCCUUCAUCACGAGGCAGUGCCGACCGAUGGGCGCUCAGCAACAUCAUCGGACGAAGAGCUUGCAACAACCGACAACGCUGACGUGGCGCAGGGUCACGGGCACGGGCACGGGCACGGGCACGGACACGGUGACGAGGCCGGACACGGUUCCGGCCAUGGCUCCGGCCUCGAAGCCUACUUUUCCAAGCACCACGGCAUCGAGCACAUCGAGUCGGCGCUCAAGUCGCUGAUCAUCUACUUGCAGACAACCGGCGCCAUUGUUUCGGGUUUCUCGGUGGCGUGGUCACGGGCCGUCGUCGUCUUUGGCGCCACGCUGGAAAAAGCCAACCUGCAGGUGACCGGCCUGCAGUGCAACGGGAUCGACUUUAGGGCUGCGUACUACUUUUUCAUGCUCAUCGUCCCGUUCACCGUCACCCUCAUGGUACUGGCUUACAUUGUGCGGCGGAUUGCGCUGUACGUCAACUACACUCGUCUGCGUGCAACGCUACGGAGCUCUGGCUACGCGUCGGCCCCGCUGCUGGGUGGAUCGGUUCAGGAUGGCCCGGGGCGGGUCGACGACUCGUACCGCGAGAUCACCUUUAGCAUCACCGCGCUGCUGGUCAAGAUGGUGCUUGUGGUCGUCUAUCUGAUGGUCUUCCCCAUUGCAGUCCAGUCGUCGUACAUGUUUGCCUGCGUCCCGGCUCCGUUCGAGUCGAGCGUCAAGGCGCCCAAGUACCUGACUGGCGCUCCGUGGAUCCAGUGCGGCGGGAGCGAGCAGAGCGAGCUCGAGCUCGUCGGUGGCCUCAUCCUAGGCUCGGUCCUUCUCUCCGUCCUGGUCAUCGGUCUCUUCAUCCAGCGGGCGCGCAAGCAACGCGAAGCCGCCAAGGCCGCCGGCCUCCACCCAACCCCAUCGCUUAUCCUCUCGUCGGCCGAGUUUGUACUCGAGCCGUACAAACACCACAUGUGGUGGUUUGAGGCCCUGGUCAUGAUCCGCCGCCUGGCUUUUGCCUUUAUCAUCGCCGCCCUCCCGCAGGGCUCGGUUUUCACCGCUCCGCUCUUGCAGCUCAUUCUCAUCGCCGCGCUCCUGGCCAACAUCCUCCUCUACCCGUUUGCCUCGACGGCUGCCAACCGGCUGGAGACCCUCUCGCUCCUCGCCUCGCUCUUCUCGCUCCGCAUCGCCGAGUCUAUGGCAUCGACGAGCAACCCUGCUUCACUCAACGCUCUCUCUAUCAUGUUUGUCGUCGGCAACGGAGCUGUUCUCUUCACCUACAUCUGCACCCUUGCUCUUCCCAUCGCCGCCACCGUCUGGAUAUCCUUCCGCCGCCGCAAGCGCAACGCUGCCCCUGCCAGCCACGGCGGCUUUGCAUCCAUCUGAAGAAAAGCGUCCAUUUCCACC